AUGGCCCAGGGUGCCUUCGAGCCAGACGACCCUCACUGGGGCUGGGACAUGGAUGGGGACGAGGACUGGGACAAUGCCGUGCUGACCCUGCUGGCACUGGCUGUAGUGGCCGCCACAGCGCUGGCCUUACACUGGUUCAACUCCGAGCAGGACCAGGAGGCGAAAGAACCAGGGUCCGCAGCCCCCAACGCCCAGCUGCCUCAGGCAGGAGAAUCCAGGUCAGCCCCACACCCAAAGAUCAAGGUCAGUGGUGGUGCUGAGGGACCAGGGCAGGGGAAAUCAGAUCCUCCAGGAUGCAACCAGGGGGGUCCUGUUGCCACAGGGGCCCAGGGCCGGGAGUCCCCUGGCAAGGAAGGCCUGGCCACUACAGCGGGGCCUGCAUCCCAGAAGCCUGGAGAGGCGGUCAGCAGUGCAGCUCGCGGACAGCAGCGUGGCAAAGGCGCCUCAGAAGCCCCUCGAGGCACAGAAAGGCAGCCUCCCGGGCUAGGCACUGCCCCCCUGGGAAGGAGCAAAGCAGGGGGGACGUCCAGCCCCAUCCUGAUCCACUUCACACCUCGGGAUCCUGGUGGAGAAACAAAAAGGAGGGCAGGGGCAGUCUGCCCCAAGGAGCCAGCACACCAGGCCCCUGGCCAUUCAGCUGAACAGGACACCAGCCCCUGGCAGCCAGGGAUGUGGCAGCCUCUUCCACAGGGCAGAAGCUUGGACAGCCGGCGGCAUCAGGUGGACAGCUGCUCAGGAGACAGACCUUGCCACCGGCCCAAGCUGGACCCGCUGCGGCUGGGUGCUGUGGUGAGUGUGUGGGAUGCUGUGGACACCACCGCCUGCAGGCUCCUGGCAGGCUCCCACCCACCCCUUCCCCCUCAGGGAUCUGCCCCCUGGGAGCAGCCCGAGUCACAUGUCAUGCAGGCUGGGCCCCUGGCCAAUGUCUCAGAGAAGCAUCAUGGGAAGAGCAGCCUUCGACCAGUCCCAGUCCUGGCUCUGGGCUCAGGGGCCAUGACAGGUGGGAGUGGGGAUACUCCAGGGGGCCCAGGCAGUGCCCCUGAGGAAGGCUGGCCUUGGGCAAGGAGGGAGGUCCUGAUCACCAGAAGCUUCAGCCGGGGUCCAGGCUCCAUGGACCCAUCAUUGCCAGAUGGGCCACGUGAGGGAUGCCCACACUCAUCCCAGGGGCAGGAGACCCCAGGGGCCUGCCACAUGGCCAAGGCUGAGGCGGGUGGUUCCAGAGAUGCCCACUGCUUCCUGAGCCCAGGGCUGGACAAGACAGAAAAGCAAGGGGGCCACAGCCUUGGAGAAGAGAGAAGGUCCCAGCAGGUCCAGAGGGAGCAGAGCUGUGAGCAGUCGGCUGGCGGCCAGGCUGCUGAUCUGGAGCCUGGGCAGCACCUGAACAGAGAGAAGCCAACCCCAGACCUCUCAAGAGAUGGACUGAGCUGUACCCCCUCCCCAAGUCGCUUGGCCACCCCACCCACAGGCAUGGCUCCCGGGGAAGUUACUCAGGGUCCUUUUGAGGAUGAACGUUUCAGAGCAGCCCCAGCCCCAACUCCAGCCCCAGCCCUAACUCCAGCCCCAGCCCCAGCUUCAAACCCACCUCCAACCUCAGCCCCAACCAUACCCCUAGCCCCAGCCCCAGCCCCAACUCCAGCCUCAACUCCAGUCCCAGAGGAGCAAGUCUCAGGCAGCUGGGGAAACCUCAUUGCCAUGGUUCUCAAAAGUCACCCCUUCCCCGGGAUAGAGAGGCCCCAAGGGAGAGACCCAAGGAUAGCUCCCAAGGACCUUGCAAAGAACAGCCUAUCAGGUCCUCCUUCUGAAGGGGUGGUCCCCAGCCUCAAGGAAAGGCGCGCUCCUCCAGUGGGGCAGGCUGCAGGGGCAGGUACUAGGGGUCUGGCUGAAGUGCCACGCCAGCUGCAGCUGGGAGGCUCCCAGACCGACAGGGCUCCCACCCCAGGCCGAGCGCUGAGCCCAGGUAGAACCGGAAUUGAGGAGAAAAGCCGGGGCUCACCUCUGCCCAGCGCCACAGAGCCCCGGCCAACACCCCGGCCCAGGAAGCGCAGCCUUUGUGAGGUGGUGGAGAGCUCGGGGCAGGGGAUCCUCCCGGCCGCCCCCGGGCAGCGCCAGGAGGGGGCGCAGGGGUGGGAGGCCAGGCCCGCAGGCCGCGGGGGAGCCCUCACGGAGAAGCAGAAGGAGGCCCGCAAACUCAUGGUCUUUCUGCAAAAGCCCGGGGCCUGGGGCGUGGCCGAGGUACCGCGGAAGACCAGCACUCAGCCCCCGGAGCUGCCGGCCACGGUGGCAGCGCUGCGGCGGCGGCUGGACCUGGGCAGCUGCCUUGAGGUGCUGGCCUUCGCCCAGCAGCACGGCGCGCGCGGCCUGGCCCGGGACACCUACGCCGUGAUGAGCGACAACCUGCUGCAUGUGCUUGGGGACCCGCACCUGUACCGGCAGCUGAGCUGCGCAGACCGCGAGCGCAUUCUGCGCCUUCGGACCUGCCGCGGCCAGGCCGCGCUCGGGGUCGUCGUGCUGCCCAGCCUCUACCAGGUGAGCAGCCUGGGGCUCCCCGGCGCCCAGAGAGGCAAGGAGGCUCCUACGGCCGGGUCGGCGCCCCUGCCUCCCACGCACCUGCACGUGUUCAACCUUCGCGAGAACACGUGGCGGCCCCUGACGCAGGUUCCCGCGGAGGUCCCUCUCCGGGGCUGCGGCCUCUGUGCUAUGCACAAUUACCUGUUCCUGGCGGGAGGUAUCCGCGGCUCUGGGGCCAAGGCCGUCUGCUCCAACGAGGUCUUCUGCUACAACCCUCUGACCGACAUCUGGAGCCAGGUGCGGCCCAUGCAGCAGGCCCGAGCCCAGCUCAAGCUGGUGGCCCUGGACGGGCUGCUCUACGCCAUCGGGGGUGAAUGCCUCUACAGCAUGGAGCGCUACGACCCCCGCACAGACUCCUGGGCCUCUCUCGCGCCCCUCCCUGCGGGCACCUUCCCUGUGGCACACGAGGCUGUGGCCUGCCGUGGGGACAUCUACGUCACAGGGGGCCACCUCUUCUACCGCUUGCUCAGGUACAGCCCUGCCCAGGACGCAUGGGACGAGUGUCCCUACAGUGCCAGCCACCGGCGCUGCAGCGACAUUGUGGCGCUGGGCGGCUUCCUCUACCGCUUUGACCUCUUGCGAGGCGUGGGUGCCGCAGUGAUGCGCUACAACACGGUGACAGGCUCCUGGAGCCGUGCCGCCUCCCUGCCCCUGCCGGACCCCGUGCCCCUGCGCUGCACCGUGCUGGGCGACACCAUCUAUUGCCUCAACCACCAGGUCACCGCCACCUUCACUGUCUCCGAUGCCACGGCUCAGUUCGAGGCCAAGGAGCUGCAGCCCUGUCCGGUGGGGAGGAAGGGCGUCCUCUGCCCGUUCGUCUUGACCCUGCCCCCCGCGGACCGGCUGCAGACGGCGCUCUGA